AUGGGGAAUUACAAAUCCAGACCGACCCAAACUUGCACUGAUGAGUGGAAGAAAAAAGUCAGCGAGUCCUACGUCAUAAUAACAGAGAGGCUGGAAGAUGACCUGCGUGUCAAAGACAAAGAGAUGGCAGAACUGAAGUACGCCUUUAGCUCUGAUGAAGCCUUCAGCAAAGUCAAUUUAAAUUACCGCACCGAAAAUGGGCUGUCUUUACUUCAUCUGGGUUGCAUUUGUGGGGGCAACAAGUCCCACGUGAGAAGCCUCAUGUUAAAAGGGCUGCGCCCAUCUCGCCUGACAAGAAACGGAUUUACAGCUCUGCACUUGGCCGUUUACGUGGACAAUGCAGAGCUGAUCACGGCCCUCCUGCACAGUGGGGCUGAUGUCCAACAGGCCGGCUAUGGGGCGCUGACGGCCCUGCAUGUUGCCACCCUCGCCGGGCAUCUGGAGGCUGCUGACAUCCUGCUACAGCAUGGAGCCUAUGUAAAUGUCCAAGAUGCGGUCUUUUUCACCCCUCUACACAUCGCAGUGUACUACGGUCACGAGCAGGUAACCCGUCUCCUGCUGAAAUUUGGCGCCGAUGUGAAUCUAAGUGGGGAAGUUGGCGAUCGGCCCCUCCACUUAGCAUGUGCCAAAGGAUUCCUUAAUAUUGCAAAACUCUUGAUGGAGGAAGGCAGCAAAGCAGAUGUGAAUGCCCAAGAUAAUGAAGACCACGUGCCUCUCCACUUCUGCUCUCGAUUUGGACAUGAUGAUAUUGUGAAGUUUCUGCUCCAAAGUGAUUUCGAAGUUCAGCCACACAUAGCUAAUAUCUAUGGGGACACACCUUUGCACUUGGCUUGCUACUAUGGAAAAUUUGAAGUUGCCAAGGAAAUAAUUCAAGUGUCAGGAACAGAAAGUCUGGCAAAGGAAAACAUCUUUAGUGAAACAGCUUUUCACAGUGCUUGUACCUAUGGCAAGAGUAUUGAACUGGUUAAAUUUCUUCUUGACCAAAACAUCGUAAGCAUCAAUCAUCAAGGAAGAGAUGGGCACACUGGAUUACACUCUGCUUGCUACCAUGGACACAUUCGCCUAGUGCAGUUCUUACUGGAUAAUGGAGCUGAUAUGAAUCUGGUAGCCUGUGAUCCCAGCAGGUCAAGUGGUGAAAAAGAUGAGCAGACUUGUUUGAUGUGGGCUUAUGAAAAAGGGCACGAUGCCAUCGUCACACUCCUGAAACAUUAUAAGAGGCCUCAGGAUGAAUUGCCCUGUAAUGAAUAUUCUCAGCCGGGAGGAGAUGGCUCCUAUGUUUCUGUUCCAUCUCCUCUGGGGAAGAUUAAAAGCAUGACUAAAGAAAAGGCUGAUGUCCUCCUCCUGCGGGCAGGGCUGCCUUCCCAUUUCCAUCUUCAGCUCUCAGAAAUUGAGUUCCAUGAAAUUAUCGGCUCAGGGUCUUUCGGAAAAGUCUACAAAGGGAGAUGCAGGAACAAAAUAGUGGCGAUCAAACGCUAUCGGGCCCACACUUACUGCUCCAAGUCCGACGUGGACAUGUUCUGCAGAGAGGUGUCCAUUCUUUGCCGACUCAACCACCCCUGCGUGAUCCAGUUUGUCGGAGCCUGCUUGAACGAUCCCAGCCAAUUCGCCAUCGUCACUCAGUACAUAUCAGGGGGGUCCCUGUUCUCCCUUCUCCAUGAGCAGAAGAGGAUUUUGGACUUACAAUCGAAGUUGAUCAUUGCUGUGGAUGUUGCCAAAGGCAUGGAGUACCUUCACACCCUGACCCAGCCCAUCAUCCACCGCGACUUAAACAGCCACAACAUUCUCCUUUAUGAAGAUGGCCAUGCUGUAGUGGCAGACUUUGGAGAAUCAAGAUUCCUGCAGUCUCUGGAUGAGGACAACAUGACAAAACAACCUGGGAAUCUCCGCUGGAUGGCCCCCGAAGUCUUCACCCAGUGCACGCGGUACACCAUCAAAGCGGACGUGUUCAGCUAUGCCCUGUGCCUGUGGGAGCUGCUCACCGGAGAGAUCCCGUUUGCUCACCUCAAGCCAGCUGCAGCAGCUGCUGACAUGGCUUACCAUCACAUCCGACCUCCCAUAGGCUAUUCCAUUCCCAAACCCAUCUCGUCUUUGUUAAUGAGAGGCUGGAACACAUGUCCUGAAGGAAGACCAGAAUUUUCUGAAGUUGUGACAAAACUGGAAGAAUGCCUUUGCAACAUUGAGCUGAUGUCUCCCGCAUCAAGUAACAGCAGUGGGUCUCUGUCUCCUUCUUCAUCCUCUGAUUGCCUGGUGAGCUGGGGAGGCCCCAGCAGGAGUCACGUAGCUGCCCUCCGGAGCCGUUUUGAACUAGAAUAUGCCCUGAAUGCCAGAUCCUGCAUGUACUGGUCCCAGAGUUCUGGACAGAUCCUCGAUCAAGGUCGGUCUCUGGAAGAGAUGAGGAGAAACUUUCAGUUCCCCGCAAUUGACAAAAAUGGCUACGUGUCGGACCCCAUGAGUCCCAUGGCCUUCCAGGCCCCUCACCAUGGGGGCAGCUUGGAGGACAGCAGCUGA